AUGUAUAGUAUUUAUAGCCCCAAUAUCAUUGAUAUUGGAGUUGUACAUCUGGCGAUGUUCCCUCAAGAACGUGAACAGUGUGAGAGAGAAGAACGUUUACGAAGACAAAGGAAAGAAAGAGAGGAGAGAGAAGCCGAAGAGCUUGAGCGAGAAGAGAGAGAGGAACAUAAAAGAGGAGAGCGAGAAAAUGAAUCGAGGGAAGCUCGAGCUGCCCCUGAAGCAGUUCAAUAUCAAAUCGAACAAGAAUAUGAACGUCAACGGAUAUUUCAAAAUGAACAAACUGAGAGAGAAAAGCGUGAAGCAAAUGAGGCGUGGCAAGAAUCAUUGAAACAUAAGGCGGAGCAUGAAAAUUUCCAAAGGGAAUUUUUUCUUAAGCCAGUUACAGAAAGUUUUCAGCCAACAACAGUAGAGUAUGGAAAUAUUGAUAAACAUUCAAUUAUUACAACAGUAGCGUUGUGUUUUGUUCCGCCUGAUACAGUAGUAGAAGAAUUUACCUGGAUUAAAGAUUCGGCUUCUGAUAAUUUAGAUGGUUUAAUUAUGUAUUUCGAAGAUACGUAUGUGGGACGCAUAAUGAAUCGAAAUAGACG